UUCACCCCCAUUCCGACGACUAACCGCUGAUAUCCAGAUACAACAAUGGAUGACGACAUCUUCAAAGAGGCAAGAAAGGAAAGAGAUGACUUCGAAGAGUUGAUGAAUGCCUGUGAUCUUGCCAAGAUGUCCGUGAAGAACAAUGAAAUGGUUCAUGGUCUAGAAACCUUCGGCAUCAAUGGAGAAUCGUCAGAAAAUGGAAAUAAGGAAAAGCCCAAAGAGAUCAUGAAAGUUGUUGCCCCAACAGUUGAAGCAUAUGUCGGAAGUUCAAGUGCUCAAACUCCAACAAAAUCGAGUGGCGGUGCUUUGGAUGGCAGUGAUCAACAGGAAGUGCGUCAGGACGGAACUAGUGUGCAAAAAGAUGACAACGGAUUUGUAUUCUACAAGUGUCGUUUCUGCGGACUCACAUUCAACUUCAUGAACACUCUCCGUGCACACGAGAGAAUACAUGACGUUUCACAGCCAUAUGUCUGUGGAAAAUGCGGAGACUCAUUUGAAUUUGCUUGCCAACUGGAAUAUCAUGCCGCUCAGCACUCAGAAAUUGACGGGUACAAGUGUGAAUGCGGAAGGACGUUCUUUUCUUACACGGAAAUGUUAUAUCACAAGCACACGGACGAUCCACUCGAAUUGAUAGGUGCUCCAGAGACAACCACAAUAAAAGUAAGCAAGAAGCGAGUCCUACCGGUCUCCGAGCAAGAUCUUCCACAGCCAGCUUUCGUUACUGAAGGAUACGAGCCGAAGCAUCCACUCCGAGUGUACAACGACGUUCGUUCAAAACCAUACAUUUGUGAAUAUUGUUCGAAAAGCUACUCUGACAGUCGUGGUCUUGCAUAUCACAUGUACAGUCAUCGUGGAGAGAAGUACUUCAAUCCUCGAGCAUCUCGUUAUAUGAUGGGAAGGGAAGGAGUUGGGUACACUGAUUCCAGAAGCUACUAUUUAUUCCCAAGAACAAGCGGAUACGUGACUCCGCGAUUCUGAGCAACCCCUGAGUAUUUAAAAUUUUUCUAAUUUAGUAUUUAAAUCUAUCCAGAUCUUGUAAAAUAUAUAUAUAUUUCAACAUCGGCUAGCUUUAACAAUAUUUGUCCUUCAAAAUGUAUAUUCGAUAUGGUUCUUUCAUAUAACUCAUAUUUCUUUCUUUCAACUAAAUCAACGUUUUUCUUUAGUGUUAUCGUUUUCUCAUUUCUUGUCAUUUUGUCUUUUCCUCACAUUUUUAAGACGCUCGUUAUAAAGACGGUCAGCAGCAG